ACUUCUCAAUAAACCAAAUUUAGUAACUUGCAUUAAGAGAUAUGCUUAUCUGUUAUGUACUUAUGUUUAUGGAUUUCAGCACAGGGAACAAAAAAGAGAUUGUUCUUGAAAAGAAAUUGGUUGGACGUGAAUCUAUUUUCUGGCGUACAGGAGCUAAGCAAACCAAAGUGGCAGAGUCAUGUAGCCAUUCUGAAUAUCCGGAGAAAACUCAUGAUGUAAAUGCAGCACCCACAUGGAGAAUUUUGUCAGAUUGUCCGUCCUCAUUGGUGCAAUCUUCAGCCAUGAAUCCCAGCCUUGCUCCAUCAGGCCAAAAGAUUCCUCUAUAUCAAAUAGCUCAUAGUCGGGUUGGCGAUAAAGUCAAUGACAUGAACUUUUCCAUCAUUCCUCAUUUCUUCCCAGACAUUGAGAAGCUGAAGCUAAUUAUAACACCCAACUGGGUAAAAGCCGUGAUUUCAUGUCUUGAGGAUUCAUCAUCGUUUCCCAGCAAGGAAGAAAUUGAGAAGAGAAACAAAUGGGUUGAUGACAAUGUAGAUGUUGAGAUUUAUGAAGUGAAAGGAAUUCAUUCUCUCAACGUUGUUAAGAAACAUUUUGGACGGUGGAGUAAACUGUUCGAGGAGGAUCGAUCGGCAUGGGAAGACUUUGUCAGAUCUGAUUUUGUGCCAACAAAUUGUCUUACCUCCGUGAUAGAAGUUUCUGGUUCUAGAUCCCAUUAUAGUAGUUUUCUAAAUGCAAAAUGUUUGUAA